AAGGGGGCGGAGCCACGCACUGGCCGCUGUCACCCCGUAUAUAUACCAACCACCACGGGGGGAACGCGAAGCAAGUGUCUGCUCUUGAGUGCGCGUCUGUGUGUCUGUGUGCGUAUGUGUGUGUGUGGCGCGUAGAAAGUUGUGUGUACCGCAGAAAGUCGGUGGUUCCCGAGUCCAGACGAAUCGAAGAGACCAAAGCGAGGCAAAGCGCCCCGAACAGAUGUCUCGCAAGUCUCCGAGGACAAACAUGGAAUCUUUCUCCCUCGGCGACGGAUAACGUUUUGAUAGUUUCAUCCCCACUGGCCGACAGAUACAAUUUACAGUGGCUGGCGUGCAGUCCUACGCACUUGUCUUUGUCACCGUGGAUGGGACGUUUGUUUGCUGGUGCUGUUUUGUUGCCUAUCGAGCGACACUUUCAUCACUUUUCCUACCUUGGCUUUUAAGACCUCGGGGAUCGGAGUUCGGCACCAUGGUGCUUUUACUCCUUGCUUCUUGGGCAAUGCUCUUAGAAACAGUGGCCGGUGGAGGAGGAGCCGGAGGAGGAGGGGGGGGGCUGGGCCUGUCCCUGGGGGGGGUGGGGCCUCGCUGCGACGGCCGCGCCUGCAACCCCCGCAUGGGGAACCUGGUCCUGGGGCGCCACGUCCUGACCCAGACGGCGUGCGGCCUCAACGCCACCGAGCGCUACUGCUCCUACCACGCCGACGGCUCCGCCCCCGGCCGCGCCCCCAAGUGCUCGGCCGCGCCCAAGUGCGGCAAGUGCAACGCCGCCGUCCCCCACCUGGCGCACCCGGCGGGCGCCAUGGCCGACUCCUCCUUCCGGAAGCCGGGCACCUGGUGGCAGUCGGCGGAGGGGGCGGAGCCGGAGACGGUGCAGCUGGACCUGGAGGCGGAGUUCUACGUCACGCACCUCAUCCUGGUGUUCCGCUCGCCGCGCCCGGCCGCCAUGACGCUGGAGCGCUCGCGGGACUUCGGCCGCACGUGGAGCCCGCUGCAACGCUACGCCCGCGACUGCGCCGCCGCCUUCGGGGGGGAGGGGGUGGGGGGAGAGGAGGGGGAGGGGGAGGGGGAGGCUGCAGGGAGGAGGACGAAGACGACGAAGGGCAGCCAGGUUCCCUGCACCUCCAAAUACUCCGGGGCGUACCCCUGCACCAGAGGAGAGGUGAUCUACCGCGCGCUGCCGCCCUGGAGGGCUCUGGACCCGUUUGGCGCCGAGGCGCGCGAGUCGCUCGCCGUCACCAACCUCCGCGUGCGCCUGCUGCGGCACCAGACCUGCCCCUGCCAGGUCAAGAGCCCCGCCCCCCGACGCCGGCGAGGCCCCGCCCCCACCCGCCACUUCGCCAUCUACGACCUCAUCGUCAAGGGCAGCUGCCUGUGCAACGGCCACGCCGAGACCUGUGAGCCCGCCCCCGGUUACCGCCCCGUCCGAGACCGGACCAAUCACGUGGUGAGAAGGGAGGGGGGGGGCGGGGCGUUGUGUCCGUCUGUCUGUCGGUCUGUCUGUCCGUCUGUGUGUCUGUCUUUGCGUCGGUCUGUCCGUCUGUCUGUCUGUCUGUCUGUCUGUCUGUCUGUCCGUCCCUGUGUCUGUCUGUCUGUCUGUCUGUCUGUCUGUCUGUCUGUCUGUCUGUCUGUCUGUCCGUCUCUGUGUCUGUCUGUCCGUCUCUGUGUCUGUCCGUCUCUGUGUCUGUCCGUCUGUGUGUCUGUCUUUGCGUCGGUCCUGUCCGUCUAGACAGAUGGUUUGCUUUGCUCCUCGGACCCAAACUAUAACCGAGGUUGAAACUCAAGGGUUCGCCCCUUUUCAUGAUGAUUUACGGGUCUGCGUCGAUUGUACAAAGUUAAAUGUGUGUUCCGGUGCCAUACGGCCACUUUAUUUUGAAACGUCUCCCAAGAAGUUUAGUUUUUUUAAUCAUUGUUUUUGUCUGCUUUGCAGUGAUCUUGGAAGCCACAAGCUGACCGUAUCACGUCUGUUGAUAUCGUCCUCUUGUUUAUCAUAGUUACUACAAGGUCCUUCUCAUCAGUGUGUUGUCAGUAUGAGUGGCCGUGUGUUCAAGGCUGUCUUUGUAUCCUGGCAUCACCUCUCUGUCUCUCGAUCUCCCUCUCUUGUUCUAUCUCUCUCUCUCUCUCUCUCCUCUCUCUUCCCCCUCUCUCUCUCUCUCUCUCUCUCUCUCUCCCUCUCCCUCUCCCUCUCUCUCUCUCUCUGUCUCUCUCUCUCUCUCUCUCUCUCCCUCUCUCUCUCCCUCUCCCU